AGGAAGGGCCAUCUGCUGCGUGUAAUGAAAUCGUCUCUCCUGAAAGUCAAACUGUUCAGUGAUCAGGCUCCCUAUCCUGAGGUCACACUCCAAAACACCACCGAAGCUGCCGCCGGCUUGCAGCUCCCAACAACGCACAAACUCAGCCUCCUUUGUCUCCAGCCGGGAGGCCCAGCCCGGACCAGCCUAUCCCAGAACGUCCACAAAGCGCUGCAGGGUGCACAGAAUGAGAUCUGCACUUCAUUGAGAGCUAGAAUGAGUUUUCUUGACCCAGAACCAGAUACAAAGAACAAAACUUGCCCAGAAUUUGUUAUUGUCCUAAGUGGACUCAUGGCAGACUUCAGGGCAGAAUGAGCACAAUGGGAAACAUUUUGCACAAUGCAAGAGUUCCCCCUGUGAGGCUGAGUCUGUUUUGACUCUCAAAAAUCAUUCAUUUAUUGCUUGAGAAGCUCAGAAAAGCAGGAGUUUUGUCUCCGCUUGAGAAAUCCCUCAGACGCUUGCCUAACACAGAGACAACAUGGAUGUUAAGAAUGUAGUUAAGUCCCAGGCAACUUUUUCCUGCCUGAGGGGUUUGUCAGAGGAUGGUGGUGACCUGCUUCAUUUCAUCGGUGCAGUUGGUGUCACGCCGGGAAGCGCCCAGGAGUACUGCAGCAGGCAGGGGCCUUCCCACCCCACAGGUGUGACCACUUGUCACACAGGCAGCUGCUGCCUUAGCACACAAGACUCUGGAUCUCUGGCAGAUGUCCAGGCAUGUAAAACGACUGGGCUGGGCAGAUCUCUAACCACGAAUUCCCUGCUCGGUGAGCAGGGAGACACUUCCGUGGGUAAUCACACCGAUUUUGGAAAAGGUGACUCUGAAAAUCCUGCUGCUGUUCUGGAGAUUUGUGCAGAGAAAGUAACAAGUAUAAAUGAUGAUUUUUCUGAUGAUGACCUGGAGUACUUUGAAUGUUCAGAUGUCCUUACAGUGCACGAAGAUGAAAUCUGGAGAAAGAAAUUACAAUUUUUAUUAGAAAGUGAUGAUGAAGAUGAUCUUAAACUGGGUAAGGAUUGUGAUGGGUGUGCUUACUUCCUCAGUGAAAUGCCUUCUGUGUUCCAAGUGUCAGAUAACACUACGCCUGUGGAUACCCCCAUUGGCUUCUGUGAGCAUCAGUCAAAAAUUGAAGGAGUAAACGUAAGGAGAGACCCCUCUAUGAGCCAGUCAGCUCUGCAGACAGAGAUGACUCUCACUGUUGGACACCACCGAGACAAAAGUACCAUUUUGAAAGACAAAGAGAAAAAUCAAGUGCCUGUUGCUUCUGCAGCCACUGGAAAUGAGCAUCCGAGAAGUGAAGAAGAGACUGAUGGAAGUGGCCAUCUGGCUGCAGGCUCCUCAAGGGAUGAGCCAAAGCCCACGGACACUGUCCCUGCCCAGGCAGACUCCUCUGCCAAUGGCAUAGGUGCUGCUUGCACAGAUGAGGCUUCGGGGACAGUGACAGAAACCAGCCCCGACGGGGACGCCCUGGGGGAAAGCUCACUGCUGCGGGAGGAGGGGAGAAGGAAUGUGCCAGAGGGAAGCGCACGGCACCCUGUCUGUACCUUAACAGAAAGUCUGAGGAGAAACCUUUUCAAGCUGCUAAACCCUCUAGAACUCUGCAGAUAUGUAAGUACUAUAGGACAGUCUUUGCAGGCUGCAGCAGAGGGCAGGGAGUCCAGAGCUCCGUCUCCCAGUCUGGAAGGUGUCCAUUCAACACAGACUCCCGAGGAGACGGAAAGCAGGAAAAUGCAGGCUGGUCUGUGUCCAGCAGAGGCAGAUACAGAGACAGACAGUCACUGGGAAGGGAAAAGGACUCGGGGCCUGCCUGAGCAAAACCAGAUGCCAGAUGAGAACAUCUCGUUUGGGAGUCAAGGUGCUAAUCUUAAAAGCGUUACCCAGAACUGUGAGAACCUCUGUGGGGAGCCCAGAACAGAAAAGGAAGGUGUCUUCACGGCUUGUGAGAGUUCAGGAGCCAGCCAGCUCUCCACUGAAAACGUGCUGCAAGUAAAGAAUGCAGAUUUACAGACCUCUUCUCUUCACUGUGCUCCUUGUGAAAAGAGAGAAGGCUGUCACCAAGAAGUCUUCUCUGGACAAGAAAUGAUUAGUAACGGCAAAAAGUCAAAGAAUGACAUUUCCCCUUCUCCUCUAUGGGAUAUGGACUGUGCUCCUGAUAAACAGGAAUGCUUGUGUGCUGUUUUCUCUUCUGCAAAGCUGUGUGAUGAGCCAGGGGAGGGAGAGCAAAGCUCUAGGCUUGUCAUACCUGCCAGCAGUAACCCAGAUAUCCUCUGCAGCCGAUCAGCCACCCAGGCUGUGUCUGAAGCUAAUCCCAAAUCAGUCCUGGAAUCCCGAGAGCCCGAGUGCAAAGGAGAUGCUGAUAUAUCUGCAGUGCAUGACAAGCUGUGGAAACUUCUUCAUGAAGAUGACUCAGACUAUCAAAUCCCAUUUGAAAACAGAGUCAUCCCAAGUUUAGGUACAAGGCUGACAGAUAUCAAAGUCCCUGAUACCAAAGAACUGAACUUUGUGCAGGAGAUCUGUUCCGAUCAUCCUUUGCCAAUGGAUUUGACAGGAGAGCAGGAACUCAUCACAGAACCAGCUCAUAGCCCCAGAACUGAGAAAGAUGACUGCAAGGUUUCUGACAUCCUCCUGCAGAGAGCUGCAGCACAUGAGAGUGCAUCCCUAGGAAACACUUGUCUUGCACAAGUGGUAGGUACAGAUGAUGUCUGUCUAGAUUCUGGCGCUGGGAAUGAGAGGGAAACGCCACCCAUUUGUGUCUCAGCAAACAAUGUCCUCUUAAGUACCCAGGAGUGCUUGGAACCAAAUCCAAUGGCCACAGACAGGAAUGCAUCCACUGUGACUUGGGAAGGGAAGCUUGCUGUUAGUAAUGUUGCCCAAACAUGUGAAGCAGAUUCUUUUCAAAGGUUACAAAAUGCUCAGAGUGGUAAUUUAGCAUGUCCCAGAGCAAAUCCAGCUGACAUAUCAGAUAUGUCACAUGGGACAGUUGGACAGUUACUUCAUACUGAAUACAACAUAGCCAUGAUAAAUGAGUCUGUACCUGGAGAAGGCUGUCAUUUUAAGAAUUGUUAUCCAGUGAGAGAAGAACUGGCUUAUUUCCCUGAAAAGGAAGACAUUAUCCCCAGUGAAAAUACCAGUCAGUUCACACAUGCAGAGCAAUCUUCUGUUAAUGCCGCACAUAAAAAUUAUGAAGUGAAUUUACAAGAAAAAGGAAAUAAUUCAGGCUUGAAUGCACCAAAUGACACUAAUUCUGACAGCUACCAUCUUUCAAAAAAUAGUGGCUGUCAGGAUUUUCAAAUUGUUUCUAAUGCACAGAAAUGCAGUUAUGUAAUGCAAUCGCCUACUUCAAUUCAGAUUCACAAAACCAUAACACAUAACAAUCUACCCCAAAAUACAGACCAACUGACAGAAAUAGCAGAACAAGAAGGUGCAGUCCCUCCCACUUCUGGGGGGCCGUUUUUAAGAGAUUUUUAUCUGGAAGUGCCCAGCUGUGAACCAUGUAAACCGGGAGGAGAGCAGAGAGAGGUUUGCAUACCUGAGGAGCAUGGGCCUGAAACUUCCUGUGACUCAGGAGUUAGUCAGGCUUUAGAGAGUCAGACUUCCCCUUAUAAUACAGCAGAACAAUAUUCAUUUUUUGUUGACAGCACCUUCAAGUCUGACCAAGAGUUAAAAAUAGAUUCUUCAAAAAAUCCCACCUAUGCUGCUGGAAGUGUGACAUCAGCCAGUGCCGCGCUGCCUCGGGAAGCUCAGGGUGAGCUCCACAGCACAGCAGAUGGGGAGGAUGCAGGUUCUGGGGAUCAGCUACAUUCCCAACAACUGCUUGGAAACAAAACCCUGCCCUUCCUCACACCUGUAAGCCACUCAGAGAGCCUUUCCAGUGAAUCUGCAGAGGCAUGUCCUGGCACAAGAAGUGAGGGGAAAACUGUAUCUAUACAAACUGGAGUCAAAGUAAACAAAAAUAUAGCUACAUUGAAAAAUUCCUGCAAGUCAUGGCAGGAUCUGUUGCAGAGGGUCCCUGGAGAAACCACAGGGAAAUUAGCCUUGUGUGAAAAUGAACGUGAAAUUCCAAGAGCUAUCGAAUAUAACCCAGAUGAAGCUGAAACAAAGACUCCUUUGCACACUUUGGCUGGACCCCAGACUCUGAAACAGAUUAUGAAUAUUAGCACGGAGCAGUCUUGUCCUGACUUGAUCCCUUCCAGCAAGAUAACUGUGACUGAGAAUUCAAUUAAGUCCACUGAGUAUGAUGAAAAGGAGGAAGUCAGGACAGCAGAGAGUGUAGUAAGUGGUUUUGUUAAUUUGCCACCAAUUGGUGCAGGGAACAACCAGUGUUCUCAAGAACAAGCAUCCCACAGAAGAACUCCAUCAUUCUCUUUGGCAUGGACCACACUUGAUCCAUUCCUAGUCACCACAGAAAGUCAAAGAAAUCAGGAAGGGUCAAAAUCCUGCCAGACACCACUGGCUGCUGCAGAGCCUGAGCCCAUCAAAUGUAAAGAGGACCCAAAAAAGAGUGGGCAUGUAGCUGCUGGAGCUAAGAAGAAAUUACCAGCAGCAACUCAGUCCAAAAAACCCAGGCUGGAUGAGAGGGGAAGUGUCAGCAAGGAUCCCAGCUGCGUUAAAAGGUCUGGGAAGAGCGAGGGAGGCGUGAUUCAUAAAGAGGAUAGAAAAGAGCAAAGGAAACUCAUUUUGAAAAAGGACAGCAAAGCCCCCAGGCUGCUGAAGAAGAUCCAAGCAGAGUUAUUCCCCGACUGCUCUGGCAGUAUUAAGCUGUGCUGUCAGUUUGGUGACAUUCAUGGUGACUCCACCAUUACAUGGACUAAAGAUUCCAAGGUACUGGCUCGGCUGCAGAGAAGUGCCCAGGAUGACUCUCCUGUCUCUCUGGCAAUAGCUGAAGCCAGUUACCAAGACCAGGGAAUGUAUUAUUGCUGCUUGAAUAAUGUGUAUGGAAAGGUGACUGCUGAGUUCCAUCUGACUGCUGCAGUAUUGGAACGUCUCUCAAGUUCUCAGAGUUAUGAAGGUGUGGAAGAAAUCGAAUUCAUGCAGCUGCUGUUCAGAGAAGAUCCCCUGAGCUCCAGCUACCUCGGCGGGGCGCUGCACGGAGCGAUAAUGACGGAGGGGCGGCACUUCGGCGAGGGCAUGCACCGGCGGGCGUUCCGCAGCCGCGUGCUGCAGGGGCUGGCGCCCGCGCUGGCCGCCGGCCACCCCUGCGUGCUCAAGGUGCACAGCGCGCUCACCUGCGGCACCCGCAGCCGCGACGAGCUGCUGCGCAAGAACUACACCCUGGCGCUGCAGGAAUGCUAUGUCCAAAAUACUGCAAGAGAGUAUGCAAAGUUAUAUGCAGCUGAAGCUGAACCCUUGGAAGGCUUUGGAGAAGUACCAGAAAUCAUUCCGAUUUUUCUUAUUCAUCGCCCUGCUAAUAACAUCCCCUAUGCCACAGUGGAGGAGGAGCUGGUUGGGGAGUUUGUGAAAUACUCUGUCAAGGAUGGCAAGGAACUGAAUUUCCUGAGAAGAGAUUCAGAGGCUGGCCAGAAGUGUUGCACCUUUCAGCACUGGGUGUAUGAGAAGACCAAUGGGAACUUGCUUGUCACUGACCUGCAAGGUGUAGGGAUGAAGUUAACAGACGUUGGCAUAGCAACCCUGGCCAAAGGAUACAAGGGGUUCAAAGGCAACUGCUCCUUUUCCUUCAUUGAGCAGUUCAGAGCCCUCCACCAGUGCAAUGAGUACUGUGAGAUGCUGGGGCUGAAAUCUCUCCGAACCACUCAUCAAAAACAGAGGAAAGCAACGUCCACUAAAAGCAAAAAUCUGCCAAACUCAUCAACGGUAAAGAAAAUGGUGCCCAAGAAGGCAAGAGAACCUAGAGACUUCAUUUCUUCAGAGCACUGAGUCCCACUGUCCCACCUUGUGAAACUACUCUUGAAGACAUGGAGCAGUGACAUGCACCAGUCACCUGAGGGGAUAACUCUAGUCUUGAUUUUUGGCAUUGUUCUGGAAUCAUCCUAAUGCUGAUGCCAGCAGCAAGGGAAGGAGCUGAUCCUGUGCUCUUGUUGCCAAGAUUUAACUCUGGGGCAAGGUUUGAAAACAAACUAAGCCAUCUCCUGGAUUUUCUUACAGGCUUCUGUGGACUGAUAUUGGAGAAGAACGUCUUCUCUGUGUCUGCAUCCACGGCCCUGUGGUUCAGCUGCUAUGGAAACAUCAAUAUAUUUAAGUACAAGUUUUGCACAGUAUUGCAUAUGCAUAUGAGUGCUGGGUUACUUAGAAGUCAGGAAAGGUGAAGUUUGGAACACACUGAUGAAUAUUAAAGUUACCACUUCCAUUGCAAAUCAGAGCAUAACAUCCUUUGAGCCCAAGUCUUGGAGUAUUCAGUGGGAUUCAGGCUCCUCAGUGCACUGCUGGUACCUGGUUUUAUUAGGCCUUUGGAAGUUCCUAAAGAUGAUGUCUAUUCUUUACAAUAGUGUCAGAACAAUUUCUGUGAGGCCAUAGUGACUGUUCCCAAAACAGGAAGUUUAGAACAUAAGGCAAGGGGCUUGAGUGUGGUGGGAUGGGUGCAAAGGUAAAGCAUUGAAUAAAUGGUGCUUCAAGUCAGAGGCAAUAGAUUUUUAUCAGAAUUUUGGGAAGU